UGCGCAUUACUACUUAACCCGCGCCGAUGAAUGAGCAUAUCCCAGACCUGCGCUGAAGUCCUCUCAACCGCCCGUACUCACUAUGACUGUCGCAGAACGAGCACAGAAACUGCGUUCCCUCGUCCAGAUGCUUGCCGAUUCGGCGGAGGCCGUUAUCAAAGAGUGGGAGCUGGAGGAACAAACAGCGAAAGGGCUUGCUACUGCUGAGUAUGUCCUCCCCUCGCCAGCCCUUUACGACGCCCGCCGCACCUUCGUCGGCGCAUGUGGCAUGGGGAUGGACCUAGUCCAAGACCCUAUACUGCGUAUGACGGUAUUGUCCGGGUCGUUCAUCGACUCCCGCGCGCUCCGUAUCGCAGCGGAGGCGCGUGUCGCAGAUGUCCUGGACAGCGCAGACCCCAAAGAGGGUAUGUUCCUAGGCGACGUUGCUAGGCAGGUCGGGAUCGCGGAACAGCACUUGACACGCAUUCUUCGAUGCCUGUGCUCCAUACACAUAUUCGACGAGGUCAAAGAGAAUUAUUACGCCAAUAAUUCGACGAGCCGUGUUCUGGUCAAUAACGAAGGACUCAGAUGCUGGCUCCUCCUUCACAACAACGAGGUAUAUUCGGCUGCAGACAAGCUACCGACGGUUCUGUUCAAUGCAAAGGACAACAGCCCGUGGCAGGAAGCCUAUGGCGUGUCGACAGACUUUUGGAGUUGGCUAGACGAACAGGUCGAAGGACCGGAUGGUUCCCUUGUGCCGAGGCCCGAGCGCGCCAUCUGGACGACAGGCAUGUGGGGGUUCGGUCUAGAGAGGAUCCAAGCUGCCGGCGUGGCGUUUGAUUACCCAUGGCUGUCCCUAGGAUCUAGCACAGUCGUCGAUGUCGGCGCAGGCACGCGAGGAAUCAGCUUGGGAUUGGCGAAGAGAUUCCCUGACCUUCGCUUCGUCGUGCAAGAUCGUCCUUCCGUAAUUCGAAUCGCAGAGGAAGUAUGGGCAAGCGAGCUGCCUGACGCCCUGUCCACUGGGAGAGUCCGCUUGAUGACACAAGAUUUCUUCGAGGGACAGCCCAUACAAGGAGCAGACGUCUACGUUAUGGGCCACAUCCUUCAUGACUGGGCUGAUGAUGAAUGCGUCAAGAUUCUCACUCACCUACGCAAAGCGAUGGGUCCCGAUUCAAUUCUGCUGAACAUCGACAACGUCAUGCAGUCUACCGCAGGAUCGCGCUUCCUGAAGGCAGCUCCAGCGCCGCUCCCUCCCAACUACGGAUGCGCCCACUCGCAAGCCAACCACCACGACUUGUACAUGUACUGCAUGUUCAAUGGGUCUGAGCGUACGAUCGAGCAAUUUGACGCCCUGGCCGCCCGUGCGGGGCUCAAGAUAGCCAAAGUAUGGGAGUGCCGAAGCCUGUCAUCGAUCACGGAGAUGAGGAUUGCCGACGAAUAA